AUGACAUCUGGUUAUCCCUGGUACACUAGAGCUACGGACAUUGCACAUAGAGUGACAGUUCUCUCACUUGUUGGAUUUACAUUGUAUAUGUCAGGAGCAGUCGUCUAUACAUUGUGGUCCACUGGUAAGGAGAACGAGAAAAGACUUACAAUUGAGAAAACAAGACGAGCAGCUAUUGCCGAGCAGCGGAAAUUGGAUGAGACUGAGUCCAAAUGA